UAUACGUGUGUGUGUGUGUGUGUGUGUGUAAUCUAAUCUCUGUCCAAAACAAAUUUUUGAGUCCACCUGGUACUGUCAGGGUGUCACCCGCUAUCAUUUUUCCGACAAUUUCCUCAAUUCCAACGUUAUUCUUGCCUGUCCUUGCUCAUCCCCUUGUCCCUUUUGCCGCCUCCGCAUUUCUGCAAAUUCACAAAGGUGGCUGCUUUCCGAAGCCAAAACCAAAAAGAAGCAACCCAGAAAUGUCCAGGUAACAAACGACAUUUCCACAACACUCUGCAAAUAAAAGAGGGCAAGGGGUCUCACACCCUCUGCCCAAAAUUUGAAAUCAUUUGUUUCUGUUGUUUUGAAUUUUUAUCUUUUGGGACAAAGAUUCUUGUUGGGUUUUCAUUAGUCAAAUCGAAGUUCAUGGCAGGAUGGUCAUCCUUAACCGCUGGGUCUGUCUCAGAUUGCGUCGAAACUAAUGACACAUGUCAGAAAAAUGGUGUUUUUCCUGAAACCAAUCAUGUUGGUUCUGUAAAGGAUGGUGUGGAUUUUGAUGAGGGUGAUCAAAUGGGUAGGCUAAGAUGUAUAUUUAAUCGAGUUUUAGCUGUUUUUCUUAAGGAAAUUGGUGAUGGAGGUGGUUUUGUUAGGCCUGUCCCAGCAGUGAUUGGUGAUAGGCAACCUGUUGAUUUGUUCAAAUUGUUCUGUGUGGUGAAAGAUAGAGGUGGGAUUGAUUCGGUUUCGAAGAACAUUUUGUGGUCUUUUGUUGCCAAUGAAUUGGGUUUUGAUCAGGAAGCAAUGUGUUCUGUGAAAUUGAUUUACUUUAAAUAUUUGAAUGAGCUGGAUAAAUGGUUUAGGGAGAUUUGUGAAACUAGGAGUUCGGGAAAUGGGGAUUUGCAUCCGUUGUCUUCGGAGUUGGUGAGAGAGUUUGGAGGUUUGUUGUCGGGUUGGCCAGAGCGGAAGGGCAAAAGUGAUGGAGAGGUUCAUCUAGUGUCUGGAGAAUGCAAUGGUGAUGAUGACGAAAAAGUUUGUAAUUACGAUCAGAGUGAUAUUUUGAUAUCACUAUCUAGUCUCAAUAAAAAGGAAAAUGAUCGUAAAAGAAAGCGAGAAUACUUGGUAGGAAUGCUAAACUGGGUAGUCCACGUUGCAAAGCAACCAAAUGAUCCUUCAAUUGGAGCAAUACCAGGGCCAACAAAGUGGAAAGAGCAUAGGAGCGAUGACGAGUGCUGGGUCCAAGCACUUAGAGCAAAGGAGGCAUUGCUGAUAAGAAGGAAUGUUAAUUCAAAGACUGAAGAAUGUCUCCAGCAGAAGAAGCUAAAGAUGCAUCCAUUGUUGUACGAAGAUAAUAUUGUUGCUGGUCGCCAGUGCUCAGGGAGGUUUCGAUGCAGUGAAAGGCUUCCUCAUUCAGUUAAAUCUCAAUCAUGCCCUUGUUGCCAUAAAAAAGAGGUGGAAAACGAUUCUAUGGAGAAAGCUUCUGCAGAAGUUGAUUUAUUGGCCACUGAUGCAACGUCUGAGGAGAAUCCCCACGAAAAGGAUGUCUCUAUAGGCGCUCAUGCUCAAGCUGAUGUCCCUGAAUGGACUGGGGUGGCUUCUGAAAGUGAUAUUAAAUGGCUAGGCACACAGGUAUGGCCCUUGAAACGUGAAGAAGACGGCCCCCUUAGUGAAACAGAUCUUAUUGGCCAAGGAAGACAAGAUAACUGUGGCUGUGGAUUUCCAGGUUCUGUUGCAUGUUUCCGAUUUCACAUUACCGAGGCUAGGAUGAAAUUGAAGAGAGAGCUUGGUUCCUUGUUCUAUCAUUGGCGAUUUGAUCGAAUGGGUGAGGAAGUUUCUCUUCGGUGGACAGCUGAAGAAGAAAAGAGAUUCAAGGAUUUGGUAAAGUUCAAUCACUCAAAUUCCCCUUUUUUUGAGGGAAAUACCUCAAAUUCUUCUUCCUUUUGGGAUAGUGCAUCCAAGUGGUUUCUUAGAAAAACAAGGGAAGACUUGGUAAGCUAUUACUUCAAUGUGUUUGUUGUCCAGCGCAGAAGUUAUCAAAAUCGUGCAACUCCAAAAACCAUUGAUAGUGAUGAUGACGUAACAGAGUUGGGAUCUCUAAGUAAUGGUUUUAGGCGUGAGAUAGGCAAGGUUUCAGCCAAUUCUCUACCAUGUUCUCUGAACCAGCAGUCCACUGAUUUCGACUAGGUAUAAAUUCUGUCCCAGGGAGUUAGAUAAUCGGACUGGGGUUUGAACCACUGCAUUAACGUAUCAAAUGGUGAUGCAAUUUUGAGGGCUGUGUGUGUCAUGGUGGAAGCGGGCCUGGUGGGAUUGGUGGUGAGGCCAGAAGGUAGAAUUGAUGAAAUGUGCCGAAGAAUGUUGUUAGUACUCGACAAUUGUCUUCAGCUUUCGUUUUGAAGAACCAUGCUACAAUUUUAGAUGGAUGCAUCGUGAUACUGUACGUUAUACCAGGUUCUAUAACCUUGGAUACAACUAUAGAAGUAGAUUGGGAAACAAGAGAGGAAGAGACAGAGUUGUCCAAGUUUUCAGGCAUUUCUUUCGUUUUUAGAAAACCAUUCUUCUUUGUUGUAACUUCUGACAGGUUUUUUCUUUCUAAAAAACUAAAAAUUAGCAUAUAGAAUUAAAUGUUGUGACCCUUUGCCUUUCAGUUUCAGUUUCAGUGAUUUGUCUUUGC